AUGGCAACUACGGCGGCGCCGGGCGGAGGUGCCCGAAACGGGACUGGCCCGGAAUGGGGAGGGUUCGAAGAAAACAUCCAGGGUGGGGGCUCAGCUGUGAUUGACAUGGAGAACAUGGAUGAUACCUCAGGCUCCAGCUUUGAGGAUAUGGGUGAGCUGCAUCAGCGCCUGCGCGAGGAAGAAGUAGACGCUGAUGCAGCUGCUGCUGAAGAAGAGGAUGGGGAGUUCCUGGGCAUGAAGGGCUUUAAGGGACAACUGAGCCGGCAAGUGGCUGAUCAGAUGUGGCAGGCAGGGAAGAGACAAGCCUCCAGGGCCUUCAGCUUGUAUGCCAACAUCGACAUCCUGAGACCCUACUUUGAUGUGGAGCCUGCCCAGGUGCGAAGCAGGCUCCUGGAGUCCAUGAUCCCUAUCAAGAUGGUCAACUUCCCCCAGAAAAUCGCAGGUGAACUCUAUGGACCUCUUAUGCUGGUCUUCACGCUGGUUGCCAUCCUCCUCCAUGGGAUGAAGACAUCUGAAACAAUUAUCCGGGAGGGCACCCUGAUGGGCACGGCCAUUGGCACCUGCUUCGGCUACUGGCUGGGCGUCUCGUCCUUCAUUUAUUUCCUCGCCUACCUAUGCAAUGCCCAGAUCACCAUGCUCCAGAUGUUGGCACUGCUGGGCUAUGGCCUCUUUGGGCACUGCAUUGUCCUGUUCAUCACCUACAACAUCCACCUCCAUGCCCUAUUUUACCUCUUCUGGCUGCUGGUGGGUGGGUUGUCCACCCUGCGCAUGGUAGCAGUACUGGUGUCACGGACUGUGGGUCCCACGCAGCGCCUGCUCCUCUGCGGCACCCUGGCUGCCCUGCACAUGCUCUUCCUGCUCUAUCUGCAUUUUGCCUACCACAAGGUGGUAGAGGGGAUCCUGGACACAUUGGAGGGCCCCAACAUCCCGCCUAUGCAGAGAGUCCCCAGAGACAUCCCCGCUGCACUCCCUGUUGCUAGGCUUCCUGCCACUGUGCUCAAUGCCACAGCCAAGGCUAUUGCGGUGACCAUGCAGUCACACUGACCCGACCUGAAGUCAUCAGCUGGCCCCCUCUCCCCCAUGCUGCAGUGCAGAGAAGAUGAAAGGACAGUGCUAGUGACAUGUGUCUCUUUGAGGUCUGCAGCUGCCACAAGCUGUAGCUACUUAAGCACCUCCUUGCCACCCAUGGGGACUUCUGAAGGGCACAAGGCCAGGACUGCAGGGCUCUGCAGCCAGUGCAGAAAGUGGGUCAGCUCCUCUGAGGCCCCCUCACCACCUACCCCUUCCUUCCUCUUUAUCUCUCCCACUUUGUCUUGCUAAAUAUAGGUUUGGUAAUUAAAAUAUUGAUGGAAGUCUGGAACUGCGUUCCAGUGGUCCUCCCUGCCACCUUGUUUCCUGUACACGCAGCUAUUCUGUCACCUAUAGUAGUGUCACAUAUUCCACCUCACCCAAGCAGGGUGAAGGUGGGACAGGCCAGAGGAUAGGGAAGAUGGGUUGAAUGAGGAACCUGCCAUUGAGGGCACGGGACACCUGCCCCUGGAGCAGUACGGAGACCUCAAGCACAAGAACCACGAGCCUGAUGGAACAGUGUGCCGUGCUUAAAAUUUGAGCUCCUAUACUCUUGGGAAGCCAACGGAUCAAUGAAAAUCAUACAAAAACUUCCAGACUGAAGCCCCUUAUAUGCGUGGGUCAUGAUGGGAUAAUUUUCCUAUGAGAAUUCCCAUUUGAAGCCAAGCUUGACUUUGCCCUGGUUAUAAGGGGACCAGAGGAGCAAAACUCCAUUUCAGAGUUUUCUCUGUCCUUUUCCUAAUUUCUGUUAAUUCUUUAAUUAAAAAAAAA